UGCUGAGCUUCAUAUUCUCUCCUUGCUCCAGCUCGCUGUCCACACGCUCUUCCACCCUUCUUCUUUCCGAUCUGCCUUUUUUCUCCCCCAUGGCCUUCUUCUUUUGACGCGCCUCCGCUCUCGCCCGCCUGGCAACCGAGCUUACCUUUCUGCCGGACGUUACACGCGAAGAACUAUCUUGGGACAGAGAGGCCACAGGACAGGACUCGGCGACGGCGACGACGACGACGACGAUUGGUGGAGGCUCAAGUGCAUGAGUAGAACGAUUGAUUGCACGCUUCUCUGGACUGCCCGGCGCGUCUGCAUCCGCAUACAGACCUCCACAUCCUCAUCCUCAUCCUCCCACCCAACAGGUGUCGACCACCGGACCACCAAGAAGCUUCCCACGCUUCAUCCGUUCUCUGAGAUAAAAAGUUGGGACCUGCCUUGCCGGCAACAACCACAAUUGCACAGCACAGAAGCUGCCAAGCUCCCACUCGCCCAAUCCUCUCGAUACCUACCCACUCUCGCUACCUUUCCCUCGUCGACUUCACCACCGAGACGCCCGCACGAGGACCAUGUUGACCUUCCGGCGUGCCCUUGCGGUCGCUGCUCUCAUACUCACCUGCUUCCUGCUUCUACGGAAUACCCACGGCCUCCGACAACCUAGCCCGCCCCGAAUCAACAAUUCGCCCAAACCGACUGGCACUCACGCCGACAAUAGAAAGAUCGUCGAGGCUGUGCCGGAGCCGGCAAAAGGCGAUGCAUCGAACACAAAGCCAGUUGCUUCAGCCAUACCGGAGAAGUCGUGGAAGGGGGAUAGUGCAGGUCGCGUCGCACUUUCGAAAAAGCCGAAGCCACAAAUCGCCUUGUCAGAGCUUAAGCUGAAACCGCUGCGACAGCAGCUGGCGUACGCGUUCCCAUACGACGCAGAGAGUCGAUUCCCGGCAUACAUUUGGCAAACGUGGAAGGUAACUCCCGCUUCAGGGGAGUUCCACGAGGAGUGGCGACCUGCGGAGGCAUCAUGGACAGAACUCCAUCCCAGCUUUGUGCACGAAGUCAUCACGGACUCUGUUGCCGUGCACCUGAUUAAGCACUUCUAUGCGAGUAUCCCGGAAGUCGUGCAGGCCUACGAAGCCCUCCCAGAAGCCGUGCUGAAGGCAGACUUCUUCCGCUACCUCAUUCUGCUGGCGAGGGGUGGCAUCUACUCCGACAUCGAUACCACGGCCCUGAAAUCUGCUGUCGAGUGGGUCCCGCCUGAGGUGUCGCGAAGCACCUAUGGCUUGGUCGUUGGUAUUGAAGCAGAUCCCGAUCGCGAAGACUGGCACGAUUGGUACUCGCGUCGCAUUCAAUUCUGUCAAUGGACGAUUCAGGCAAAGCCUGGUCACCCCGUUCUCGUUGAUGUCGUCGCGACUAUCACGGAAGAGGUGCACCGAAGAAAGAAGGCUGGCGAACUACACACCACGAUCAGUGGACCGGCCAGUGUGGUCGAGUUCACAGGGCCCGCUCUCUGGACCGAUGCCAUCUUUAAAUUCUUCAACAACCCCGAUUAUUUCGACAUGAGCACGAGUAAAGGCAACAUUACGUGGCAACAAUUCACCGGCAUCACAGCCGCGAAGAAGGUGGGCGAUGUUGUUGUAUUGCCAAUUACAUCUUUCUCGCCUGGCGUGGGCCAAAUGGGAGCUAAAGAUGUCGAUGAUCCAAUGGCAUUCGUGCAUCACACGUUCGAAGGCACCUGGAAACCCGAAAGCGAACGUCAUAUCGGCGAAAAAGAGUGAGAACUACUCCUUACGCUAAGAUAGACACCAUGGCUAGGAUCACCGCGUGAUUUUCGCCAAAAGCACAAAGCGAUCGAUCGCAUGCCGAACACCGUGCCGCACGCGCGGUAAACAUGCCUGCAUUUCACCACAGACCAGCAACACGUGCGAGGAACGUGCAUGGACAUAGAAAGUCAGAGAGAGUCGGCUUGAGAGCAAGCGCGGCAAGUUGCUGCUUGCACAUAUACACGGCCACCAGCCCCAGGAUUUGCGUGACUGCACCACGAGAACAGGCGCGAGUUUUUCACCUCGGCCACAGGGUAUAGAAGAAUCACAGGGAAUGAUGAUGAGCAUUGCAGGUGUUUUUUUCUCUGCUUGAUACAUCGCUAUUCAAGUGCUGAAUGGCGCGCUUUUUGAUUUUGCUUUUUUCUGCAUCUUUUUGCUUCUUGAAAUGGGAUGAAUGGAUGGGAUGGGCAUAGCGGCGGCGUCUUGCUGCAUUUUGGCGGCCUGUUUCUUAGAGAUCUUUUGAAGAUUGAGAGAGAGGGGGGGGGGAGGGGGGGAGAGAGAGAGACAGAGAGAGAGA